AGGAAAAAGUAUUAUUUCGCACUCUUUUUAAAUUUAUUCAAGAGCUGUUACAGUUGUUUUUUUAAUGUUCAGUUCUUUUGUUCCGAUCCCUCCUCUGAUUCAUUACCAGUCACAAAAAAACUCCUUUUAAAAUGCGCAGUUUUCAAAAGGGGUUUUUGGUUGCAAUCAGUGAAGCAUACCAAAACAGGUUUUGGGGAUUUUUUUUCGUACCUUUCUGAUUGAUGUAAACCGUGAAAGAAACAAGAAGUGAAAGAAAUUUAUAAAAUUUAGAGUGAGAACAUCAUAAAAGGUGGGAAAGGACAGCAAAACAUUUCUAGUCUUGCAUCAGUUAACUAAUAAAGAUUAAAAGCAUACACAUAUUGUAUAUAGAUUUUUUUUUUAAUUUGUUAAAAGUAGUUUGAUAUAUAUACAAUUACAAAGACUAUUGGGCAUUCCUGUAUCAGUGUCUCCCCCUGUCCUUUCAGUUGAGUAAACAAACAAGGUAUCAGUCCUCUGUGAGGGUGCUCUAAGGGUUAAAACUGAUUAGGACAGCCAUCCACACAGACUGAAGGAAUCUACCCAAGUACUAGAGAAUUUAAUUGGAAACUGUUACUCAGUCCAUACGGCUGCUCAGAGGGAGUGUUGGGCUGGGAGUCAGAAACUACACUUCUACAAUGCUUUAAAGGAUAACACAAAGAAAUCCUUCUAAAUUGGCCAAUCGGUGCUGGACUUUAGUGGAAAGUGAAAAGUUUUUGUUUUGAAGAGCUAUACCUGAAAAAUGAAGAAGGAUUGGAAGAAAUCCACCUUCUCUACUGUCAUUCUUCUUACAGCGAUUCUACAGUUCUGCACAGGGGCCCGUAGACCAGUCAUUUCACCUGAGGAUUCUGAGCAUGUUCUGGACCUUUCCUCUACCUUCACCCUCACCUGCUCUGGACCUGACAAGGUGGUGUGGAAAUACAGGCAGGACGCCAAUGUGACUGAAGUGCAGGGCGAGUUAUCUAGCAACCUCACUCUGCACAGGGUAUCGGGGAGACACACUGGGCUGUACACCUGCCAGCACAAGAGUGCAGAAGAACAAGAGAAAAGCACAUACAUUUUUGUGCCAGAUCCAGACAUGUGGUUCUUACCACUGGAGCAUGGCGAAUCAGUGGUGAUGAAAACGAACGCCAAAGCCACCUUUCCCUGCUUUGUCACCAACCCCGCUUUUAAUGUCACCCUUCAUGAUAAGUCACAUGACCUGCCUGUUCCUGGAUCAUACAAGCCACAGGAAGGCUUUACAGGGAAAGUCGAAGACAAAUCCUAUUACUGCAGGGCAACCUUCAAUGGAACCCAGAGAGAGUCAGAGCAGUUUUAUGUUUACAGCAUAAUAGUUCCAGAGGCGAUUGAAGCCAUUAUCAACGCCACACAGACGGUACUGAAGCAAGGAGAGCCUCUUAUGGUUAACUGUUCCAUUCAUGGCUCAGAGCUUGCUUAUUUCAGUUGGGAUUACCCACGCAAAGCUGCAGGCAAAACUAUUGAGCCAAUAACAGAUGUGACAGCUGGCCUGGAGUGGAGCCUGCGGUCUAUCCUGAACAUUUCCAACGCCACUCUGGAAGAUUCAGGCCUGUAUUACUGCAACGUCACAGAGAAUGUCGGGGAGCAGGAGGCUUAUGAUCAUAUCAAGAUCACAGUUCUUGAGCAGGGGUUUGUCAGGCUAAGCUCAGACCUCAACAGGAAUCUGUCUGUCAAACUCCACGAGAGCUUCGAUGUCAGUGUGGUGAUAGAGGCCUACCCCAAGCCUUCAGUGCACUGGUUGAAGGACAAUAGCAUAGUAAUGGAGAGCAGCGAUGAAGUUUCCAUGGAAACCACAGAGGAAGAAGAGACCAGGUACCUCAGCACGUUGACACUGGUUCGAAUUAAAACAGAACAGAGCGGUUUUUACACAAUCAGAGUCUCUAAUGAAGAUGAGAUCCAGGAGUUGACCUUCGAUCUUAAUGUCAAUGUGCCUCCCAGGAUUGUGGAGCUUUCAGACCACCACCCCUCCGACAAGGGCCAGGCUGUGGUCUGUAUGGCCGAGGGGGCUCCCUCCCCUGAAAUAGAGUGGUUCAGCUGCAGCCAGAUGAAAAAAUGCAGCAACAGAACUGUUCUCUGGAACCCUCUAGCCACAGACCCUGAUAAUAUCAGCAUUCAGACCAAUGUGAGCUUCAAUGAGAGUCGGAAAGUUUAUCUGGCACGGAGCGUUAUCGUCUUUCAGAAUGUGCAGACGAUGCUUUCCAUCCGCUGUGAGGCCAGGAACAAGCUUGGGAGAAAAACACAAGACGUCAAACUGGUUUCACACUUGUUAAACUCCCAGGUGGCAAUAACAGCCGCCAUCGUAGCCUUGCUGGUUAUUGCUGUAAUUGCAGUUGUUGUGCUCAUCAUACUGUGGAGAAAGAAACCUCGCUAUGAGAUCCGCUGGAAGGUGAUCGAGUCAGUCAGCUCCGACGGUCAUGAGUACAUUUACGUGGACCCCAUGCACCUGCCUUAUGACUCCAGCUGGGAAUUCCCAAGAGACUGCUUGGUGUUGGGUCGGACUUUGGGUUCAGGAGCCUUUGGACGGGUUGUGGAAGCAUCCGCUCAUGGCCUCAGUCAUUCCCAGUCAACCACUAAAGUGGCUGUGAAAAUGCUCAAAUCCACAGCUAAGAGGAGCGAGACUCAGGCUCUGAUGUCAGAGUUGAAGAUCAUGAGCCAUUUGGGACCUCAUCUUAACAUUGUUAACCUGCUGGGAGCCUGCACUAAACGAGGCCCUAUCUUUCUUAUAACGGAGUAUUGUCGCCAUGGAGACCUGGUAGACUACCUCCACAGAAACAAGCACACCUUUCUGCAGUACUACGCUGAUAAAACCAGGAGAGACAGCGAUAUGUGUGGAAACAACACCUCUGAAAGCCAGGGGAAAAGUUACGUGACCCUGUUCAGUGAGAGUGACGGUGGAUACAUGGACAUGAGCAAGGAUGACACCACUGAAUAUGUUCCCAUGCUGGAACUGUCAGACAACAUCAAGUAUGCAGAUAUUGAGCCAUCCGUGUAUGAAACACCAUACCAACAGGACAAUUACCAAGGGCAAGCUCCAGAGAGAGUUGACAAUGCUCUGGUGAUUAACGAGUCUUCAAUUCUGAGCUACACAGACCUGGUGGGAUUCAGUUACCAGGUGGCUAAAGGAAUGGAGUUCCUGGCUUCCAAAAACUGUGUACAUCGUGACCUAGCAGCGAGAAACGUCUUGAUUUGUGAAGGAAAGCUGGUGAAGAUCUGUGACUUCGGGCUCGCACGAGAUAUCAUGCACGAUUCUAACUACAUCUCCAAAGGCAGCACAUUCCUGCCCCUGAAAUGGAUGGCACCAGAGAGUAUCUUCCACAACCUGUACACGACACUGAGUGACUCCUGGUCUUUUGGCAUUCUGCUGUGGGAGAUCUUCACUAUGGGUGGGACUCCUUACCCAGACCUCCCCAUGAAUGAACUGUUCUACAACGCUCUCAAGACAGGGUACAGGAUGUCAAAGCCUGCCCACGCCUCUGAUGAAAUUUAUGAGAUUAUGCAGAAAUGCUGGAAUGAAAAGUAUGAGAAAAGGCCAGAGUUUAGUGAGCUGGUUCAUACAGUUGGAAACUUGCUUGCUGACAGCUACACAAAGAGAUAUAACCAGGUGAAUGAGGAAUUCUUUAAAAGUGACCACCCUGCAGUUGUACGCACAAAGCCAAGGAUGUCAGGGAACAUUGCUGCAGAGGUGAGGCAGGAUACUGACAACGAACCAAGCCCUCAUAAUGAAUACAUCAUCCCCAUACCAGACCCCAGACCAGAGGAAGAGGAAGAGGUCAACGAUAUGAAGACUGAGAAAAAAACAAGCUUGCAACCAACUGAAGAACAGGAUUCAGGUACUGAUUCCAUGGAGAUGCCACAUGCAGAGCCAGAGGAAUCAGGUCCAGGUUCAGGCCCAGAGCUAGAUCAAUCUGAGCCAGAAGAGGAGGACAGCUUCCUGUGACCUGGCUGUGGUUCUUCAGGGACACUUGAGUAAACCCUGACCAAAAAAAAGUCAACAUGGCUAUGACAGGUUCACAGCCCGUGUGAUUUAAGGUGGGAGUGCGGAGUCAGUAUGGACUUGAGCUUGACGCUGACAACCUGGUUUCAAAACUCUUACCUCAUGUUUUUAUUCUUUAGCAAGCAGGGUCACCACAAGAAGGGACACAUCUGCUGUACUUCAUUUAGUAGCCUCAUAAAAUAUAUCCUAUUAUAUCCAGUAAUUACUAUAUAAACACUACAAUCUACACGGUGGCAAUGUUUUGUGGAGAAAGCCUACUGGUACUGUAGAAUCUGGUGGUGCUUCUCAUUGACUGCCUUAUUAAUCACUAAACACAACAAAAAUGCUGUACAUAAGAAACUCCGUUCAUCUGGUUCCAAGUAGUUUGAUUGAUCUCAGACCUUUGUCAAGUGAUUCUUCCUCAACAACAUGACAAGGUAGCCCAUUCCAUACCCUGUCCACUCUGUGGAGAGAUCUGGUUUGGAAGGAUCAGGUUUAUCUUAUUUUAGGGCUACAGUAUUAUGAUCCACUGCUGAUCAGUAAACAGACCCCAGUGAUAAUCAAGGCUUCACAAUCAAUUAUCUUACUUUAUUAUCAUUAGCAAUUAGAACUGGUGCCCUUUGUACCAGCUAAGCAGUGAACACCAAAUCAAAGGGAAGUUUUGGACAAUUAGAUGUAUUUACAAUGACAUGUUCCUGUGAACAGACUGGCUGUAGGGUGACAGGCCAGAAAGAAUCACACAAGCAGGCAGUACUGGGGUUGAAACUGAGACUCAAUGGCUGCGCUCAGUAUGUUUAUUAAACAAACAAAAAUAAAAGGUUGAACAAAACAGAACACAGCACUUUGGGCCAAAAUAAAUAGACGAACAAAAUGAUAAAACAGUAAACAGACAGUGGACGAACAGACAAACAAACACGGUAAAUCAAAGCAACUUAUAUUUACUUUUUCCUUCAUUUAGUUUUUUUAAUUCUCUCCUCUCCACACCCAUUCUCCACUCACCGAACACACAACCCCGAGUGAGUGAAACGUGCAUCUAUAUAUACUGUUGUGCCGGGAUUCAAUUACUAAUUAAUUAUUCACUUGAAUCCCAUCACGUGAAUUAAUUAUGUGCAACCCCGUGCUCACAUACUAUUAAAUACUUUAAAUGCACGUAAAGUGCAAUCCCCGUUCCUAAAUACAACUAUAUAUUUUAAAUCACUCGUGCUACACAGACCCAUUUAUAUCCCGUGCACCAAUAUCUAUACACUAACAUUAACACACCACACGCAACAUAAAACACACAAAUGCACACAGGGGUGGGGCACAUUGCCACAGUUUCCCACAAAUAAACAACCUCAGAAAUAGUUUCUACAAUGCACAUAUACUGCUUGUCAGGACAAAUGUGUCUGUACAUUUGUUCAGCAGUAUUUUGUAUUGAGUUUUGAACAUUGUGGAAGUUAGUGAUGCUGGCUUGUUAUUGUAAUGUGUGUUCAAAAGGAUUCCCACUAAUUAAAGUAAGACUGAUGCUCAUAGCACUCAAUAUCACUGGCCCGGCUAGCUGAGGGUUUUGUUUCCAGGUUUGUUUGUGUUUUUUCUCAAAGCUUUUCAAAUACAAACGAACUGCACUUUAAAUCACACCAAAGUAUUAUUCUUAAUAACAAAUAUGAAUCUUGUGCAAUACAUUCAAUACAUUCCUUUUCAUUGUAUAGUUAGAUGGUACGAUUGUGAUUCAACAGUAUGUUGUAUAAAAUAGAUAUGAUUUAUGGUACCUGAAAUAUGUAACCUAAACUUGAGGGUACUAAAUGAACAAAAAAAAAGUAUAUAUAUUUAAGGAUAUUGGAUUUAGACUUCAUCCCCCACAUUGGGAAAUAAAAUGAAAUGUUUUGCAUCAUCCUAUAGAAAUCACCAAUUUAGCUUCAUAAAGUGGAAUGAAACCUGCUGAAUAAUGUUACGUUAACAUAUUGUUGCAUACCGCUUUGUAGUUUCCAUAUACUUAACAAAAAACUGACAAAAAUUGAAAAAUAUGACCUUUCAGAAUCUAACAUGAAAUACUGUACCACUAUUAUGGCCUCCGGUAGACUUUUGUGAUAUCAUUUUGUAGUUUCUUUGAUUACAUGAUGUUAGAUAAAAUAUCUAAAUGAUGUUCACACACAUAUAUACCGGUCUCUCUCUCUCUCUCUCUCUCUCUCUCUCUGUCUCUCUAUCUCUCUCUAUCUCUAUCUCUAUCUCUAUCUCUAUCUCUAUCUCUAUCAUGUCUCAAUCCUAAAAUUGUAGGUGAUGCAAAACCUUUGGCCAUAGCUGUAGUUGAACAAAAACAAUAUUGCAGUUAUGAACUAUCAUUUGGCAGUUAGAUUUGAGUUGCUUGUUUUUUUUUUCAAAACCUAGCCUACUGUUAUAUUCUAUAGGCUGUUCAACAAAAACUGAGCUGCACAUGUGCUCUGACGUGGGUAGAUCCUGCAACUGUCCCUCUUGAGUAGCUAUGCAUAAGAAAAGGGCUUUCCACUACUUACAAUGUUUCCUAAUGUUGUUAUGUGUUGUAGGAUUUUUUAAAAGGGAAAUGUUUGCAUUGUACAAUGUUAUAUCACUGCCAGAUGUUCUUGAAUUGCCAAGAUUCACUCAUCUUGUUCAUUUAGUAUAUAAGAGUAUAUCCUAGAGCAGUGCCAGCACACCAGAGUGAGAUUUUAUUAAGCUGUAUUACAUUUACUUUUAGAUACACUAGUUUAUUUUAUAUAAGAAGGGGCUCCUUUUUUUAUGAAAUCCAAGCCUUAUAUGAACCAGAAAAAUCACAAAAUCUGGACUCUACAUUUUGCAACUUCAUAAUACCAUUCAUAUUAUCAACUAUGUAAAGUAUAGUAUAUCUGAAAUAUAUCUAUAAAAAAAACAUUACAUUUUGCACUGUUAUUCUUCUUUUCCAGCACUAUGGAAAGUAAGCAUUUUUUUAAAAAAUUUAGAUUAUGAAUAUUGUUUUGCUUGUUUGUUUGAUUUUUAUAAUAUAUACUACAGUAUGUGGCUGUAUUUAGUCAUAUGUUUAAUAGACUGUAUGGCUCAGUAAAAAUAUUAAAGCACUCUCCUUAGUAUUUCCAUAUGUUUUUUAGAUAGGAUACUGUUAAGAGCAAACUAUCAGGUCAACAUUAUUUAAACAUUCUGGACCAUUCUGUGCACAUUCUCCAGAACAGUCAACAUUCAAUAUUAUACUUUGUUUUAAGUUGUUAUACAACUCUGAAGGUAUAUCUCUAAAUUCCUACAUACAAGAUAUUUAUUUCUUGAAACUCCUUUCACAUUACCACGUAUCCUCCAGUCCUCCAAUUACGUUUUACAAGAACCAAACUACUAAGUUUUAUAAUUCAAGAUACCUUCUUUGUUUUUCAGUUUAUUACCUUUAACGUCAGUAUUUCUCCAUCCAAAAAAUAGGAGUUAAUUCACUGGAGUAAGCACAUAGUAAAUAUUGCCCUUUUGAUUUUAGAAAUAGAGGGUGCAAAUUUAGUGCUAGGGUACUGGGCUGUUCAGGGUUAAGACAUACAGUAUACAUGUGAAGGGAAGUUUCUCUCAAAAUGUCUAGUGACUGAAAGGCAGGUAGCCAAUGACUCUGUUGUACAGUAUUCAAAACUGAUCACCACAGCUCAGUGUAUGUGCUUGAAAGCUAAACUGAUUGCUCAGACAGGGCAGUGGCAUCCAUCAGUGACUCACGUGGCUGUGUCGCCACAGGGAUGAAAAAUAUACUGCCAGUCAGGAAUCUUAGAUUCUCUCUGCAUUGCUAGACAAACAAUACAUGCAUACAAGUGUUAGCCUUUUCUAUUCUGUUAAACGUUACAUGCAGUUGCUGUGUAUAUUUCCAUGUAUACUUCUAUCCAAGUUGUUUUUACAGUAUUAUAAAUCAUUCUGGGUAUUUUACAGAGCUUGUGAAUCGGUUACAAGCUGUCGAUUCAUUCAAAUGCUCCGGGAUCAUCCAAGCUUCCAGCAUCUACACAUAAAUCUAAUCCUGACCGUCAAUCACAACUUUAGGCUAGAUUUGGCAUUAGAUUGCAAAUUCGUUAUUUAGUUGACAACUUACUUACUAACGGGUUGUUCAUGUUGCGUUAAUUGUUAAUAUUUCUGAACCUAUUUAUAAACUAAUAAACAUUUCAAUGAUAUGAUCGAUUUGGAGUUGAUAAUAAAGCAGUAUCUGAUGCUUGCUGAAAAGUUUUAGCUGUCUUUUAAUUAGUUCAUAAAUAGGUUACUGUAUAUUAACUAUCAGAAACUUCUAUUUGCUCAUUAAAAUAAAGCCUGCCAGUAAAAACUGUACAACAGAUGCUAUUCAGUGUGGAUAUUCCUUUUAGAACAAAUCGACAGCCUGCAGACACAGCACACAGUGCAGACUAAUAAUCUAGAAUACCAUGAUUGUACACUCUGGUACCAAAGAUUUGGAAACAUGUAUUUUAAAAUGUUGUAAAACAUAACGUUUUUGUAUAUGCUCUGUAUAACAUAAAGUACAUUACAAAUAAAGUUUUUUUUCAAACCUG